AUAAAACCUCCCAUCUCUAGGGAAACACAGCCGAGCCAGGCAGUGCUGAGGGCACCGGCAGCUGUCAGGGAGCACCCAGCACCCAUGGGGUGAAGGAGGACAGGACUAAGUGCAGGGGCACAGACUGCAGUCAUUCCAGCUAUCGCAAUGUCUACCCAGAAUGUGCAAGAAGAACUGCAGAAAAUAGGAGAACGGCUUCUAGUGAAAUUAAGGCAAAUAUCUCAGGCGGACACUGUUGAGAUAGUUUCCUUCACCAUCAUCCUCGUCUUUAUUAGUGUGGUACUAUUGAUGGCCAUUAUUGCCUGUUCCUUCUGCUGUUGUGGCAACAAGCGCCGUAUUACCAAGGUACAACCAAAACCGGAGGUCUAAAAGCCAACAAAGGUCUACGUGCCUUGCCACCUAAACUGGACAUUAAUCUAACAACGAUAAAUACAUGUGGAUUGCCAAAGAAAAUCACUGGACUGUGCUUAUUUCUAGAGAUUUAAGGACUGGAUGUAAGGACCAAUCGCACAAUGCACAGGAUAAACACAUGGGGACAAAACUCUACGCUCUUUGACGGAAAGAGACAGACAACGGACAUAAAUUUCAUACCGAUGCCAAAGACAGAUUAUUCCCUUGGAGCAUGAUGAUUUCAUAAACUCUUAAUACGCAAGGUUAGGGACACAUAAUGCAAUUUGGGGGAAAUUGGGGAAAAUUUACUAAGACUAUCGCUGGUCAUUAUAAAGUCUGCUGGCGGAAGAUGCACCAAAAUUAUUAAGACGUACAGGCUUUUUAAUAAUUUUGGAAAAUUGGGGGGGCCCAUGCACCAGAUUCUAAAAUCUACACUAGCAAGGAAUUGGCGUAUAUUUCUGGUUUAACUAAUGCCAGUUUUCUUAAAUCUGUUGGACCACAUAAUCCCAGUCUCUCCAGCCCACUUUAUGUUUAAAGAGGCAAAUGCAAUGUAAACGACUAAUAAGUCAAAUUUUUUGUGCAAAAGGGACCAUGUGCCAAAAUUUGUGACUUUUUAAUGCCCGCAAACUUGCAAAAUUUCCCCCACUGUCUGUAUAAAAUCUAAUACAAAGUACAAUGUGGUAUAGUAACGAGGAAGCCAUAUGUAAUCACAAUCUAAAAAGGACUUGCCGUUACAAUCAGUAGAGCCGCAACACUCAUCGUAAGCCAUUAAGCUCACAGAAAACCGAGGUCUCAUGACUAUUUCAUCUCUAAAUACCCCUGGAUCGCUGGCUCCUAAUGCAGCGGCUUGCGUGACAAUUAUACUAUUAAACUGUCAAAAGAUGAUGCACAGAACUGGAAAACGAAAGGAAAGAAAAAUACUGCUGGAUUAAUGUACAUAGUGCAAAUGGCCUCAUAAACAAGAUCCCAUGAACUGAAGAAAAAACUGGAACAGUCACCCUUUUAAUUUCCAGCUAUCAUUUUUUUAGUGCAGGUGACUAAAUGAACGCAAAAAAAUAAUUUCGUGCUUCUUUUCCUAACAAGGCCUCUUGCGGCAUAUUUUCGACUGUUACUUGUAAGAAUCAAAAAUAAACUUGUGUUAAAAAUU